CUCUCGUCUCACGCAGAGUCAGAAUCAGAGCUGGAGUAGCAUCAGUUGUUUGAGUCUCCGCUGGUUCCCGUCUUCAUCCACAAUCAUCCGCAUCCACCUUCACCACUUUUCGAAGAAAAAUGAGUGCCGGAGGUGCUGCAAUGCCUGAGCUGGGCAGUAAAAUCAGCCUUAUUUCCAAAGCUGAUAUCAGAUACGAGGGGAGGCUUUUCACGGUAGACCCUCAGGAAUGCACCAUUGCCCUGUCAAAUGUGCGUUCCUUUGGCACGGAAGACCGAGAAUGCAGCUUUCCAGUGUCGCCACAGAAUCAAAUCUACGACUAUAUUUUGUUCCGCGGCUCCGACAUCAAGGACAUUCGUGUUGUGAACACCGUCGUCCCAAAUGAUCCUGCCAUCGUUACUCUCUCCGCGCCUCAGGCCAUGGGCAGCUCCAAUUUCCAGCAGUCGCAGGCGCAGGUCGCGCAGCAGGCGCCCGUCUUCGGGGGCAACAACCUGAUGGGCCCGAUCCGCUCCAAUGUGCCGCCGUUUGGCUCCAGCUACAACUCCGUGGCGGCCAAUUUGACGAGCAGCAUGCUCUCUCAUCAGGACUCGGCAAAAAUCCUGUCAAGUGAGUGCCCUGAGGGCCCGGUGUCCCCUCCUCGCCCUGGCGGCGCAAAAGUAGACGAAUCUCCAAUGGGCUUGUUAACAGACCUGAUGUCCGGCCGGGCAAUGACGCCCGUCGGCGGCUCCCGCAAAUCUCCCACGGCGGACCAGUCGACCCAGUCGGAAGGCAAGAAUAACCAAAUGGGCGCCGUCGGAUCGCGCGGAGGCUACAGACAACAGGGUGAAUACCACAGAGGACGCGGAGGACCUCACAGAGGCGGCGGUGGAUGGAAUGACGGAGGUCGGAUGGAAAAUGACAACCGUGGCUGGGGUCAGCAGCAGAACAACCGCGGCGGUCCUGGCGGAUGGCGCGGAGGCGCUCGGCGCGGCCGCGGAGGCCGUGGCGGCGCGGCUUUCAUCAGAGGUGGAGGCCAGCAGCAGCAACACCAAGGUGGACAGCAGCAUCAACAGCAGCAGGGCAACAACGCGCAGAACCAGAAGAAGAACGUUCUCAAGUUCGAAGGCGACUACGACUUUGAACAGGCAAACACUGAGUUUGAGAACCUGCGCUCUCAGCUUGCCAAGAUCAAGAUCACGGCAACCGCGGCCGGAUCGUCCAAUGCGGGCAUCAAAAUGGCCACUGCCGCGGACGUCACCCCUGAUCAAUUGAAGGCACAGCUGAACGGCGGCGAGGUAACAGAAAUUAAGGAGAAGCCGAUCGAGAGUGAAAACGACGAAGAUAACAAGGUGUUCUACGACAAAGAGGUUUCAUUUUUUGACAACAUCAGCUGUGAAGCUAUCGAACGCAGCAAGGGAGCUUCACAACGCACGGACUGGCGUCAGGAGAGGAAGCUGAAUUCCGAGACGUUCGGCGUGUCGUCGGCCCGCAGGGGCUACAGGGGUGGCAGGGGCGGUUAUUACCGCGGGGGCUCCGGCUACAGGGGCAACUACAACAACCGGGGUGGCGGCUACCGGGGCCACCGCGGCGGCUACAACAAUCAGCGCAACCAGCAGAACCAACCACAACAGCAACAGCAGCAACAACAGCAGCAGCAGCCGGUCGGCGCGCAGCGAGGUAGUGAAUUGAUUGCCUACUGAUACUGACCCGCCAAACUGCAACUCUUUCUCGUUUUAGGGAAGCAACAAAACUGAAUGAAACGAGAUGAAUGGGGACAAAACGCGACUGUUGUAAUUUUAAAUGAAUUUUUUUUCUCUGAGCUCUGCAAGAAAGUAGCAAAGUCAUCGCUCUAUGGAUUUUUUGCGAGUUCAGUGGUGCAUAUUGUGCCGCGCGUCUAAUUGAGUGAUUAAACAAAGAAAUGAGGGGAGAGAGAGAGAGAGAUAAGGAGAAAAUGUGAUGGUGCACCGGUGCCGUCGCCGUAAAACGCGAACUACUUGGAUACUAGAGUAAGCGA